CUCUUAUAUCUUGGGGUUGCGUCUCUCUGGGGUUGCCGCACUAUUCAGAGAGAGAGAGAGAGAGAGAGAGAGAUGGCUGAGCACGACCUAACCCCGCGCAUCGCGCCCAACCUGGACAGGCACCUGGUGUUCCCUCUGAUGGAGUUUCUUCAGGAGAGGCAGCUCUACCCCGACGAGCAGAUCCUCAAGUCCAAGAUCGACCUCCUCAACAAGACCAACAUGGUCGACUACGCCAUGGACAUCCACAAGUCCCUCUACCACACCGAAGACGUCCCCCAUGAGAUGGUGGAAAUGCGUGCUGAGGUGGUGGCCCGCCUCAAGGCUCUCGAGGAGUCGGCGGCGCCUCUCGUGAACUUCUUGCAGAACUCCGCUGCCGUUCAGGAGCUCAGGCCUGACAAGCAGUACAAUCUCCAGAUGCUCAAUGACCGUUACCAGAUUGGUCCGCAGCAGAUAGAGGCAUUGUAUCAGUAUGCCAAAUUUCAGUUCGAGUGCGGCAACUACUCCGGCGCCGCUGAUUAUCUGUACCAGUACCGGGCUUUGUGCACCAACAGCGAGAGGAGUCUCAGUGCUUUGUGGGGAAAGCUGGCUGCUGAGAUUCUUAUGCAGAACUGGGAUAUUGCUCUUGAGGAGCUUAAUCGCCUGAAGGAAAUUAUUGAUUCAAAGAAUUUCAGUUCGCCCAUGAAUCAGGUGCAAAGCAGAAUAUGGUUGAUGCAUUGGAGUCUGUUCAUCUUCUUUAACAAUGACAAUGGAAGAACUCAAAUCAUUGACCUUUUUAACCAGGACAAGUAUCUGAAUGCCAUCCAAACCAAUGCCCCCCAUCUCAUUCGUUACUUGGCCACUGCAUUCAUUGUCAAUAAGAGAAGGAGACCACAAUUCAAGGAUUUUAUAAAGGUUAUUCAGCAGGAGCAGCAUUCUUACAAAGAUCCUAUCACUGAGUUUCUGACAUGUGUUUAUGUUAAUUAUGACUUUGAUGGAGCACAAAAGAAGAUGUGGGAAUGUCAGGAAGUGAUAUUGAAUGAUCCCUUCCUUGGAAAGCGAGUUGAAGAAGGCAAUUUCACCACUGUACCAUUGAGGGAUGAGUUCCUUGAAAAUGCUCGUCUUUUUAUCUUUGAGACUUACUGCCGCAUUCAUCAGCGCAUUGACAUGGGAGUGCUUGCUGAAAAAUUGAAUUUGAACUAUGAAGAGGCUGAGAGAUGGAUUGUGAAUCUUAUUCGGAGCUCAAAGCUUGAUGCAAAGAUUGACGCGCAGUCUGGAACUGUUAUCAUGGAACCUAACCAUCCAAAUGUGUAUGAGCAACUGAUUGACCACACCAAGGCAUUAUCUGGGCGUACUUACAAGUUAGUUGGUCAGAUUAGGGAACAUGCUCAGACACAGCUUGCGCGUUAAGUUUGGUGUCGAUUUUUCUCGGUUAUUUCACCGUUAUUUUCCAGAUGUAGACUUGAGAUUUAAAUUAGUAUAAAUUUUGUUGACUUGUAAGUGGAAAGGGUUGGGAAGUUUCAAUUGGUAACAUCAGGAUUAUCGGAUCAAACUGUAAUUUAUUUUCUGAGUUGAUUUGCUGGUCUGUA